CUGCCCGCGGACUGGUGGCCGCCUGGAGUGCUGGAGCAGCUCAGCCGCGUCGCCGCCUUCUACGACGGCGCGCCCGUCUUCCUCACGGGAGCCACCGGCUUCGUCGGCACCCUCGUACUCGAGAAGCUGCUGCGCUCCUGCCCCGGCGCCUCCACGGUCUACGUGCUCGUCAUGGACAAGAAAGACGUGCCGCUGCGGGAGCGGCUGCGGUCUCACCUCGACAACGUGGUCUUGAGCAAGGCCCGCGAGGCGUGCCCGGACUACCUCCGCAAGGUGGUGGCCGUGGCGGGCGACUGCACGCAGCCGGAACUGGGGAUCAGCCCGGCUGACGCCGCCGAGCUCACCGGCAGGGUGUCCGUCGUGUUCCACGUGGCCGCCACCGUGCGCUUCGACGCAGACCUCCGGACUGCCACGUCACCAACGUUGGCUCCACCUGCGAGGUCAUUGCACUCGCCAAGCUAUAUGCCACAUAUAAAAGCUUUCGUCUACAUGUCGACGGCGUAUGCACAUGCUCCCAGAGAUGAAAUCGACGAGAAGUUCUACCCUCCAGCACUGAAGGCUGAGGAGCUGCUCAAACUGAUCGGGGUCAUGGAUGACGAACAGCUGGCGCAGAUAUUCCCGCUGCUUAUGGGUGACUGGCCCAACACAUAUACCUUCACAAAGGCAAUCGCCGAAGAUCUAAUACGCUCUGAAGCCGUUGGGCUACCCGCCUCGAUCAUCAGGCCCUCCAUAGUGUCGAGCACCUACCAGGAACCACUGGCACUGUGGGUGGGCAACAUGUAUGGCCCCACUGCCGCAGGCGCCGAAUCGUCUGUGGGACUUCUGCACGCCAUGCAUAUGGAUCGCAGUGCACUGGUGGAUGGCGUGCCUGCAGACAUGGUGGCCAACGCCACCCUCGCCUGUGCGUGGGACACCUGGCUGGCGCGGCAGCUGCAGGAGCGACUUGAGCAAGCCGCGGCCCCAACUAGCCUGCUCCUAGGAGCGACGUACGCCACUUUGGCGGUUACUACUAGUGGUGCUCGAGUGUCAUCUACUUAUGAGUUAAGUAGUUUGAAUCCAGGACAACAUGAACAGCUGGAGAACUUCUGCAAGGAGUUUGGUGAUGUUCUCAUUGCUGAUCUAGAUGUGUCGAAUGGAAGCAUCAUAGAGGGAUGGCAACUACGUGACCAGUUCCUGGCUGAAGAGUUUACGGGGGCCCUGGAAUAUGACGCGGCAGCCGACACGCACCCGAUGACCACAGAAGAAAACACCACGGCCCCCUUCGAUGACAUCACUAACAACAAAGGAGGCUCCAUCUUGCGCAUGUUCAGCAAUUGGCUCGGUGAGGACGUGUUCUACGAAAGACUCAACGAGUAUCUUAUUUCUCAGUAA